GGAACUUCCGGUCUUGCACAGCUCAACUGUGGAAUGAACUGUAUUUCCGCUACCUGCGGUAUUUCCGGACCGAUGCGUCCUUCAAACCUUCAAGAGAUAACAAUGACUCGUACGCUGAUUGUAGUCGUCGCUACGCUUAUGGCUGCUGUGGCUACAGUACAAUGUGUACUUGUCCCGUACACACCAGAUGUCCACCAUCGCCGCACACCCGACCAGCCACUGCGACUAAUUGACGAUUACCGGCGUGCAUCCGACCCUCAGCCAGAACAACCUUAUCUUUCCCGGCAGGGUCACUGGCCCGGCGGCACAUUGCAUAUCCUGUUUAGACGAGUUGACGACGAGUACUCAGCCGAUCCCAACUCCGACUCUACGAAUAGCUAUCAAGCCCGGAUUGGUGGUCACAAAAGGAAAAGAGAGGCAAAUUUCGACUCGUUUUAUCCUCCAAGAGACAUUUAAACACUUAGGAAUCACGUGAAAAGGAGUGACGUAUUUAUAACAAUACACGUCUGUAGUAUAUUC